CCAGGAUUUUUCUAUAAUACACCCUGACAUUUGGGCACGCUGGAAGGCAUUUCUUCCCCUCCGACCGUAUUCCAUUGAAGGUCCUGAGCCAUGCUGGACAAUCUGAAAGCGUCCUUAAGGCUUCUAAGUUCCAUUGUGGUGCUUGGAUUUCAGCUCGUUGUUCCGCAGCCUGCUAUUGAGCACAGAAAGGUUCCUCAAAGGAUAGAAGAGCAGAACGUUGCAGUGGAAGAAGAAAAUGGAGGCAUCCCAGGGAUCUGGGGAAACUGGGGGCCCUGGUCGGCCUGUUCUCGAAGCUGCAGUGGAGGGGUCAUGGAACAAACAAGGCCUUGCCUUCCGGGAUAUUAUUACGAGAGGAACUACCGCAGGCCGGGACAAUUCUCCGUCUCUGAAAGGACUUUUGGUCACCACCAGCCGCUGCACCACCAAGAAGACCUCCUGAACCCUUACUCCGGGCACGUCAUCUCUGCCAUACGGACAUCGGUGCCUCUUCACAGGAACGAGGAGCAGAGCCGUGUGGGUCUCCGGGCGGGACUCUCCUCCGGGGGUCGCAACGACAGUCACUUGAGCAGAAGCGCAUUGAGGGGAGGCCGCCUUUCUCAGUCUCGGCGUCGGAGUCCCAGGCCGGAUAGAAGAGGCAGAAAUAAAAACCCCAUCGGACCUGGGAAAUACGGCUAUGGGAAAGUGCCCUACAUCCUGCCGCUGCAGACCGACACUGGGCAGUCGCUGCACAAGCCACGACGUCAGCGGCAGUUGGCGCGGGAGGUGCCCAGCCAACCGGGCGUGGGCACCAGGAGCCCCUUCGGACAUCCGGUGACCCCUUCCCACCACCAGGGCAGCCUGCGCCACGAAGAUCGCAGGCCUCAGCUGAGGCCUCAGGGAGUGAGCGGUCCCUUGUACCGGCAGACGGCGUCCCAAUUCCAGGCCUUCCCUGCGUCACAGAGCUUAUUCCACGGCACAGAUUUGAACGCUCAUGUCCCCGGAUCCCGCCAGCCCAUCCGAGGCCAGUCUCCGUCUCCGAGGACUUCAGCUAUCGUCUGCACAGGAGCCUACAAGCAGCACAAGCUUUGCAACACAAAUCCAUGUCCUGAAAACAGAAGCAUCAGGGAGGUACAAUGCGCGUCAUACAACAACAAGCCUUUUAUGGGUCGAUUCUACGAAUGGGAGCCUUUCGCAGAAGUGAAAGGCAGUCAGAAGUGUGAGCUCAACUGCCGAGCUGUUGGGUACCGGUUCUACGUCAGGCAGGCCGAGCAAGUCAUCGAUGGGACGCCCUGCGACCAGAACGGGACUUCCGUUUGCGUGUCCGGUCAGUGUAAGAGCAUCGGCUGUGAUGACUACCUGGGCUCCGAUAAGGUGGUGGAUAAGUGUGGGAUCUGCGGCGGAGACGACACCGCCUGCAAAGUCGUGUCCGGAGUCUUCAAGCACACGUUGACCAACCUCGGAUACCAUAAAAUUGUCGAAAUCCCAGAGGGCGCCACGAAAAUCAACAUCACUGAGAUGUCCAAGAGCAACAACUACUUGGCACUCCGGAGCCGAUCGGGAAGGUCUAUCAUCAAUGGGAACUGGGCGAUUGAUCGACCAGGGCGGUACGAGGGAGGAGGGACCAUGUUCACGUACAAGCGCCCCAACGAGAUCUCAAGCACCUCCGGAGAGUCCUUCUUAGCGGAUGGCCCAACCAACGAAAUCUUGGACGUCUACAUGAUACACCAACAGCCCAACCCAGGUAUCCAUUAUGAGUACAUCAUCCCAGGUCCCAACGUCAUCAGUCCUCAGGUGCCUCUUCACAGGCGGCCAGGAGAGCCAUUCAACGGCCAGUUGGACGUGACAGAGAAUGUGAAUUAUGAGGAGGAAGAUUUGCAUCGGGAGACAGGCACUCACGUCGGGCAGCCCGGGGGGACCUUCCCAGCAAUCCAGCCCGGCCGCUUCCCUUCUCAUCUGCCCGACAACCAGGUACCAGCUGGUCAGCCCCCAAGGCGAAACAGAGAACACAACUGGAAACAGGUCGGGAUGACCGAGUGCUCCACGACGUGUGGGAAAGGGUCGCAGUAUCCCAUCUUCCGUUGUGUGAGCAGAAAUACUCAUGAGGAGGUGACCGAAAGCUACUGUGACCUCAGCACCAAGCCUACUCCAGAAGAGGAAGCCUGUAACCUCUUCCCUUGCCCGGCCUUCUGGGACAUAGGGGAGUGGUCGGAGUGCAGCAAGACCUGUGGCCUGGGGAUGCAACACCGCCAAGUCCUGUGCCGGCAGAUCUACGCCAACCGCACCCUGACCAUCCAGCCGUACCGCUGCCACCACCUGGAGAAACCGGAGACAACAAGUACGUGCCAGCUGAAGAUCUGCAGCGAAUGGCAAAUUCGGACAGAAUGGACACCGUGUUCGGUGCCAUGCGGGGUGGGCCAGCGGACACGAGAUGUCAAGUGUGUGAGCAACCUAGGAGACGUCGUUGACGAUGAGGAAUGCAACAUGAAACUACGGCCGAAUGACAUUGAGAACUGCGAUAUGGGACCCUGCGCCAAGAGCUGGUUUCUGACAGACUGGAGUGACCGGUGUUCCUCUGAAUGCGGCGCAGGGGUCCGGACGCGCUCCGUCGUCUGCAUGACCAACCACAUCAGCAGCUUGCCCCUGGAGGGCUGCGGGCACAACCGGCCUCCGGACACGACCCCCUGUGACAACGGGCCGUGCUUGGGGAAGGUGGAGUGGUUCGCCGGGAGCUGGAGCCAGUGUUCGGUCGAAUGCGGCAGCGGAACCCAGCAGAGGGAAGUGAUUUGUAUCCGGAAGGCCGAGAGCGGUUUUGAAAUGCUGAAUCCCUACGAAUGUUCGUAUCUGGAAAGGCCCCCCAGCCAACAAAGCUGUGACCUCAAGCCUUGCGGCGCAAAAUGGUUCAGCACCGAAUGGAGCACAUGCUCGAAAACUUGCGAGGGCGGUUUCCGCGUCCGCGCGGUGCGAUGCUUGUCCGACGACAUGACACCCAGUGCCAAGUGUGACCCGCAACUCAAGCCGGAGGAAAAGGAAUCCUGCAAUACCCAGGACUGCGUACCAGAAAUAGACGAAAACUGCCAAGAUAAAUAUUACAACUGCAACGUGGUGGUUCAGGCCCGGCUUUGCGUCUACACUUACUACAAGACGGCUUGCUGCGCUUCAUGUCUGAGGGUCGCCAACAGGCAGUCGGGGUUUCUGGGACGCAGAUAACAGCAGCUCCGUCGCCUGCCUCUGACUUCCACCUGCUUGUUGCGGCUGCUUGGACUGCGA